AAUUUCUUUAGGUUUCAGUCAUUCAGGAUAUUAUAUAUAUAUUGUAGCUCUCUGAGUUUGGUUCUACCAUCACUAUCUUAUCAAACUCUUUAUCUUCUCUCCAAAAAAACCCACUUCAAACUAGUCACAUCUUCAUCAUGUCUCCACCUGGUGUUCGAGAUGUUCAUAACCAUCUUCUCUUUGAGAUCGCUUGGGAAGUUGCUAACAAAGUCGGAGGAAUCUACACCGUCAUCAAGACAAAGGCACCAGUGACCUGUCAAGAGUAUGGGGACCGUUACUGUCUUAUGGGACCUCUUUCCUAUAAAUCAGCCCCAAUGGAAGUUGAAGCCAUGGAACCGGAGACCCCCGAGUUGAGAGACUCGCUGCAAUCGAUGCGCGAUCGAGGGGUAAAGUACCUCUACGGGCGUUGGUUGAUCGAAGGUGGACCUAGAGUCUUACUUUUCGAUACCGGUUGUGUGAUGAACCGAUUGGAUGAAUGGAAGAGUGACCUAUGGAAUCUAGCGGGAAUUCCAACACCUCCCAAUGACAGUGAGACGAACGACACGAUUGUCUUUGGCUAUCUUGUGGCUUGGUUUUUGGGAGAAUUUGCAUCCCGUGAAACAUCAAAGGCCAUCGUCGGUCAUUUUCACGAGUGGUUGGCCGGACUAGCCAUCCCACUCUGUCGCAAACGUCAUAUUGACAUCACCACGAUCUUCACUACUCACGCGACCUUAUUGGGCCGAUAUCUCUGUGCUGGAUCGGUAGACUUUUACAACAACCUACAAUACUUUGAUGUUGACCACGAGGCCGGAAAACGUGGGAUCUAUCACCGAUACUGUGUUGAAAGAGCUGCAACACAUUGUGCGGAUGUCUUUACUACCGUCUCGCAUAUCACAGCUUACGAGAGCGAGCAUUUGCUCAAGAGGAAACCUGAUGGGGUCUUGCCUAAUGGUCUCAACGUGGUCAAGUUCUCGGCCAUGCAUGAAUUCCAAAACAUGCAUGCUAUGGCUAAACAAAAGAUCAACGACUUUGUUCGCGGUCACUUUUAUGGCCAUUAUGAUUUUGACCUCGAAAACACUCUUUACUUCUUCACGGCUGGAAGAUACGAGUAUCGUAACAAGGGAGUGGAUAUGUUUAUUGAAUCUUUAGCUCGUCUCAAUCAUCGAUUGAAAGCGAUGGGAUCCAAGAUGACUGUGGUGGCAUUUAUCAUUAUGCCAGCCUCAACGCACUCCUACACAAUUGAAGCUUUGAAAGGACAAGCUGUCACUAAACAACUUCGGGACACGGUAACAGAGAUUCAGAACCGAAUCGGGAAUCGCUUGUUUGAGAUGACCGCUCGAUACACCGGAACAAUCGGAACCGAAGUUCCAGAUGCCUCAACUCUGAUGUCAAAUGAAGAUAAGAUCCUACUCAAACGACGAGUUUUUGCCCUCAAGAGAAACUCACUCCCACCAGUAGUGACUCAUAAUAUGUCGGAUGAUAGUAGUGAUCCAAUUUUAAAUCAGAUCAGACGUGUUCAAUUGUUCAAUGGAAGUUCGGAUCGCGUCAAAGUGAUCUUCCAUCCUGAGUUUCUCAACUCAAAUAAUCCUAUUCUUGGACUCGAUUAUGAAGAGUUUGUACGUGGAUGUCAUCUUGGCGUCUUUCCUUCGUACUACGAACCCUGGGGUUAUACACCGGCAGAAUGUACCGUGAUGGGUGUACCAAGUAUCACCACUAAUUUGUCCGGUUUUGGGUGCUUCAUGGAUGAGUUGAUCGAAAACCCACAAGAAUAUGGGAUUUACAUAGUUGAUCGACGCAUGAAAUCAGUUGAGGAUUCGGUCAAUCAACUCACAGAUCAAAUGUAUGAUUUCUGUACCAAGACUCGACGACAACGUAUCAACCAACGGAAUCGGACUGAACGACUAUCUGAUCUGUUAGAUUGGAAAUCACUUGGUUUAGAAUACUCCAAGGCUCGUCAACUUGCUCUCAGGCGAGCUUAUCCUGAUAGCUUCCAGGCUGAGGAUGAAGAUGAGUUUGAGAAGAGCUUGGCUAAGUUGGGAAGACCUCUGAGUGCACCUGGUAGUCCGAGGUAUCGAUCUGGGAUGAUGACUCCAGGUGAUAUUGGAACUUUAACAGAGGACAUGGAAGGUUUGGGGACGUCAGACUAUAUGGGUAAUGCACGCUGGGGUACUACCUCGACUAUGAAUCCUGAAGAUGAAGAAGGAGGUUAUCCAUUCCCAUUGGUACUUAAACGUCGAGCAGGUUCAGUUGGACUUGCAUCAGGUCAAACUACACCAGGAGUGAGUGGAUCGUUUAAAACUUUAAGUGAAGGAGAUUUAAAAAAGGCUGAUGAAGCUUUAAGUGGACAUUAA